AUGUCGGCUGCUAAAGAUGCUGUUUCCACACCCUGCAAGGUAGUGUUGGCCAAAAACGUCGCCAAUGGCCUCCUUAAAGAAGUACAGGAGGGCCUCAAAACUCUUGAGAACCCGCCGCACCUCGUUGGCUUCUUGGCCAACGAUGACCCUGCUGCGUUGAUGUAUGCGCAAUGGACACAGAAGACCUGUGAGGAGAAUGGAUUCAAGUAUACCCUCCGUGAAGUCUCUCGCGAUGAUAUCGAAGAGUCCAUCCUCACCGCCAACACCGACUCCAACGUCGACGGCAUAAUCGUCUACUACCCGAUCUUCAACAACCGCCAAGACCAAUACUUGCAGCAGAUAGUCGAUGUAUCCAAGGACGUCGAGGGUCUAAGCCACCGCUACAUCUUCAACAUGUACCAGAACAUCCGCUUCCUAGACCCAGAGACAAAGCGCCAAAAGUGCAUUCUGCCCUGCACCCCGUUGGCCAACAUCAAGAUCCUCGAAUACCUUAACAUCUACAACACGAUCCUGCCAGAUGGAAAGCGCCUUUUCGGAAAGACUAUCUGUGUCGUCAACCGGUCUGAGGUUGUUGGUCGCCCGCUUGCUGCCCUCCUCGCCAAUGACGGUGCUUGUGUCUACAGUGUUGAUAUUACCGGUGUGCAGAAGUUUACUCGUGGCGAGGGCUUGAAGAACAAGCGUCAUGAGAUUGUUGAUAUGGAGGGUGCUACUAUUAAGGAUGUGGCACCGCUUUGUGACGUUGUUAUCACUGGUGUCCCUGGUGAUAAGUACCAGUUCGAUACUAGCUUGCUCCGCGAUGGUGCUGUUUGUGUCAACUUCUCGAGUGAAAAGAACUUCGGCCCUGAGGUCAAGCAGAAAGCCUCUAUCUUCGUUCCUUCUAUUGGCAAGGUGACCAUCGUUGUCUUGCUCCGGAACCUGCUGCGUCUUAUCCAGAACAAGCGCUUGGACGGUGUCGAGCCUGCUGCCGCCACAGAGCGCCCUGGCACUCUUGAGGCUGCCAACUAA